AGCCAGUCCAGCCCUGCACUGACUGACUGAGCUGCUGCUGCAAACUCUACUCUCUGGCCGUCCCCACCUGCUGGUAGCACCAUGAGUUUCCACAGAUCCAGCUACAGGGCUCCGAGCUUUGUGGGCAGGAGGCCCAUGACACCCACCAGCGCUGCCAGCGUCUAUGCCGGGGCAGGGGGCUCUGGCUCCAGGAUCUCCAUGGCUAGAACCACCAGCCUAGGCUCCAGCUUCCCAGGCAGCAUCUCCGGAGGGAGUUACAGCCUGUCCCUGUCCGGCUCUGGGGUGGUGCAGAAUGAAAAGGAAACCAUGCAGGACCUGAACGACCGCCUGGCUGCCUACCUGGACAGGGUGCGCAGCCUGGAGGCUGCCAACCACCAGCUGGAGACUCAGAUCCGGGAGUUCAUGGAGAAGAAGGGUCCCCAGGCCAGGGACUGGAGCCACUACUUUGAGGUCAUAGAAGACCUGAGGAACCAGAUCUUGGCCAGUGCUGUAGACAAUGCCCGCAUUGUCUUACAGAUCGACAAUGCCCGCCUGGCUGCUGAUGACUUCCGGGUCAAGUUUGAGUCUGAGCUGGCCAUCCGCCAGUCGGUGGAGAGCGACAUCAGUGGGCUGCGGAAAGUGAUUGACGACACCAACAUGGCCCGGCUGCAGCUGGAGGGCGAGAUCGAGUCCCUCAAGGAGGAGCUGAUCUUCAUGAAGAAGAACCACCAGGACGAGGUAGAAAGCCUGCAGGCCCAAAUUGCCAGCUCGGGGCUGACGGUGGAAGUGGAUGCCACACGCUCUCAGGACCUGGGGAAGGUCAUGGCGGAGAUCCGUGCUCAGUACGACAACCUGGCACAGAAGAACAUGGAGGACCUGGACAAGCAAUGGAGCCAGAUGAUCACCGAGAGCACUGUGGAGAUCACCCAGAACACAAAGGAGAUCGAGGUGGCCCGCAGCAGUAUCUCCGAGCUACGCCGCAACGUCCAGACGCUGGAGAUUGAAUUGGAGUCCCUGCGCAAUCUGAAAGCCAGCCUGGAGGCAAACCUGCAGGAUGUGGAGCAGCGCUACGCCCUUCAGAUGGAACACCUGAACGGGCAGCUCCUGCGGGCUGAGGAGGAGCUGACUCAGGUUCGCUGCGGCAUCCAGCGCCAUGCUGAGGAUUAUGAGGGAGCCAUGGAUGUGGAAAGUGGCCUGAGUGACGCCCUGGUGGACAGCAGCAGCAUCACGUCAACCACCCACAGGGUUCUCACCACCACCCAGAAGAUUGUGGACGGCAAGGUGGUGUCAGAGACCAGCAAUACCCAAGUGCUCAAACACUGA